AUGGAUGUGGUAGAAUCGAUACGGGCGGAUGGUAAGAUAUCCCAGGCCAAACUCCAGAGGCUGUGGAUGAGUGGGUGCGGGAACGCUGGUUUGAGCGCCACGAGGAAGAAUUUGGCGACUGGUAGUCGGUACGAUCAGAGUCGAAGUCCUUGGCCAGCGCGCUGUUGGACUUCGGAUGCAAGCAACAUGAAAUUGGCUACACUGGCCAAUGCUUCGAAAUGUUCAAACGCUUAUCAUGUCUCAUUUUGGGACACGGGAUUAUUGGAAAGCAGCUUUCUAGACAGCUGGCGUGAACGCUUUUCAGGGAGUACCAAAUCUGCAACACAUGAUAUUCACCCGCGGAUCGCCUGA